UGUUGCACUAUAAGGAGGAGGUUACCGCAGUGUUGCACGACAUAGGUAGUCUGAAUGUACUGAGUUGAAAGGUGGAACGAUCAAGCGUCAUUGAUUCAUGAGAACAUUGGCAAGAUGCAGCCGUAGUAAAGCCGAGUGAAGUCGGAGAGUGAAGCGUGCAUGGAGUACAAUCCAGCCAUUUACUAAUGAUGGCGGCUUUCUACACUUUCGAAGACCUCUCAGGCGGCCAAACAAGUUCUAGCUCCGACAACCCUUACGACGGUCUUCUCGAAGCAUGCGGUCACGAUCCAAAACAGAUUCAAGCCCGCUACGAGUUGCAUCGGACCAACCGCAAUGCUCAGCAAGGAGCGAAACUCCUAGCGCCCGAGUUUCCGGGCGUGACAGUCGAUGAGAUCCUCGCAAAGCUCGAGAAUCCAAGCAUCGAACCCGGCUUCACAGACUGGAGGCAUUGCCUUGUAUCCUGGGCUCGACCGCCUCAACAUGUCCGUUCCCUGAUUGCAGGGAUCCAGCAGAGGCUGCUCACGGUUGCACCAAAUACAUGGACAAUGCCACAGCCUAAUCUGCAUAUGACUGCCCUCGAGAUCACACACUCCCUUGGUGCGAACGAGAUCGAUGAUCUAGUAGAGCAGAUGCUACCUAGCGUACCAGCAUUCACAGACUACACGUUCGAGCAUAGAGCAAGACUAGUCAAGCCAAUGUUAAGCUUCGAUGCACAAGCCUUGGCCCUCUCCUUCCUCCCCGCCGCAGGCGAAUUUGGGAGGGAUGCGAGAGCAGACGCUUAUACCUACCAUCACCUGCGUCGGGAUUUGUACGCCAAAGCUUCCGCAACUGGUGUGAAGGUUGCAAGCCGGUACGUGAUACCCUCCGCGCAUCUGACAAUUGCUCGCUUCGUGACGAAGAGUGACUUCGAAGCUGCGGAUGGGAAGGUGGACCAUGCUAAAGUCCAGGAACUGCUUGGUGUUAUUGAAUCAAUCAACAGCUGGCUUCAUGCAGAGUAUUGGCCAAGUGAAGACGGCAGUGACGAUGCUUUUGCGUGGAUCGUAGGCGAGGAGAAGGGCUUGGAUUACCGGAAAGGAGCGCUCUGGUAUGGUGGCGGUGGUGAAACUGUUCACCUUGGGCGUGGAUUUUGAGAACAAGCUUAGUCCAGCCAGAUCUCCUAAUACGAAAGGUGAUGGCUAUCACAUUAGCUCAAAUAAGCCAUACUGUGAUAUCGAGCAGACUGAGCAU